UAUUCGUUUUGAGAUGAAGACAAAUAAAACUAGACUUGCUUUAGUCACUUUCUAGUUACAUAUUGAAUAUGUUUUGAAUCAGAAUAUAGAAGAGGCAAAACUCCGAUUCAGAAUUUCCAUUGCUAUUUGCAAGUGCUCAAAGAAGGUGGAGUUGUGAUGGAGCUUUUGCCACGAGAAUUGGUGUCCAACGUGUUCUCAAGGUUGCCAGCGAAGGUGUUGCUGCUAUGCAAGUGCGUUUGCAAAUCCUGGUUAGAUCUCAUAAGUGAUUCUCAUUUUGUUACCAAUUACCCUCUUGUCUACAACAAUCUUCAGAGCCAAGAGGAACAUCUCUUGGUCAUUCGAAGACCCUUUUUUUCUGGCCUCAAAACUUACAUUUCUGUCCUUUCUUGGAACGUCAAUGACCCCAAAGAACUCGUUUCGUCCAAUGUUUUAAACCCUCCCUAUGAGCACAACUCUGAUUACAAAUACUGGACCGAAAUCAUGGGUCCUUGCAAUGGCAUAUACUUCCUUGAAGGAAAUCCUAAUGUCUUGAUGAACCCUUCAUUGGGACAGUUCAAGGCUUUGCCUGAAUCCCAUUUCACAAGUCCUCAUGGGACUUAUUCUUUCACAGAUUAUGCAGGCUUUGGAUUCGACCCAACAACCAAUGACUACAAAGUUGUUGUGAUCAAAGACCUAUGGUUGAAGGAAACAGAUGAAAGACAACUUGGGUAUUGGACAGCGGAGUUGUAUAGCCUUAACUCAAACUCUUGGGGAAAAGUUGAUUCUGCUCUCCCGCUCCCAAUUGAAGUUUGGGGUUCUUCUCGGGUCUACACUUAUUCCAACAACUGUUGCCACUGGUGGGGUUUUGUUGAAGACUCAGGUGUCUCGGAAGAUGUUGUUCUAGCAUUUGACAUGGUCAACGAGUCCUUCAGGAAGAUAAAAGUGCCAAGAAUACGCGACUCUUCAGACGAAAAGUUUGCAACUUUGGCACCCUUUGAGGAAUCUGCUUCAAUUGGUGUUGUUGUUUACCCGGUGAGGGGCACAGAAAAGUACUUUGACGUGUGGGUGAUGAGAGAUUACUGGAACGAAGGGUCGUGGGUGAAGCUAUGCAGUGUUGGACCCGUGCCAGUGAUUUACAAGCUCGUGGGGUUUUAUGGGGGCAAUCGGUUUCUUUGGAAGGACAACAACGAAAGAUUGGUGUUUUAUGAUUCGGAGAAUACAAGGGAUCUUCAGGUUUAUGGAAAAUAUGAUUCUAUAAGGGCUGCAAAAUAUACAGAAAGUCUUGUUUCACUUCACAGGGGAAACGAGUUUAGUCACAAAUGUUUAUCAUGUACUUCGGUUCCUGACCCUCUGCUACAUGAUAGUGAAUAUCUUAUUUCUUUUUAGAAAAUAAAACUGUGUUGCUUUUAGACAGUAUUAGGUUCUUUGGUUUGUUUGCUUUGUUGCUUCUGGAUCAGCCAUGUUAGUUAGUUGCCACACGUUGCUGUAAUUGGCCGAUCACAUAAUGUAUUGGAUAUAUAAAUAUGUCAGCUUUCGUUGAUCAAAACCAUGUGCUGGUUGUAGUAGAAUUUGGGUGUUCUGAAUGUUAGACUUUGGGACUUUUGAUUCA